AUGAAAACAAGUCAAUAUCAUUCUCAACCAAUGAUUCAUGUCUCGAUUGCUGAUAAGCGUCGAACAUCUGGGAUGAAUUUCGACACAAAAGCACCAAUUAAUAAGCAUUCCUGUAUUAUUAUACGAAAGUCAGCAGUCCCAUCUACCGACCGAUCUUUGAAAUCAGUCACCAAUGAUCAUACUGAUUCUAAUGGAAUUGAUAAAAAACGAAAUCGACGACAACGACGACGAAAAUCUAUUCAUCCUGAAAUAUCUCCAAACAUUUCUAUAGAAUUAUCAAACAAUCACGAUGCUUCCAUCAAUGAAACAGCUGAAUCGAAGAUUUCAACUCCAAAUACAAAUAAAGCUGAUUUAAACGACUAUUUCUCUCCGAAAGCAAUCCAAAACGAAAACUCAAUAAAUGAAUUGAAAAGACAAUCAACGCCACCAGCAAGGGAAUAUGAUCGGUUGUCGGCAACAAAACGAAAAAAUUCGCAAAAACUCAAGCGAUCAAAAUUUCGUGGUCGUGGUAAAUGCUGUGUUUUUUCGCCGUUUGUCUGUCUUCUUCUUAUGCUCGGCAUUGGUGCAUUGAUUGCUGGCAUUUGUGGAUUGUGCAUUGGACUCUUGAUUCGGUCACCAGACAAGACAACAGUAACUACUGACACUGGCUCAAACGCGACAAUUCCGACAGCUUCGACAAACGCAACAAUUCCGACAACUACAGCAACCACUACAACUACAGCAACCACUACAACUACAGCAACCACUACAACUACAGCAACCACUACAACUACAGCCACAACUACAACAACUGCAACAACUGCAACAACCACUACAACUGCAACAACCACAACAACAACAUAUUCCGCCGCAGACAUCUGGUCAUUAACAAUACCGACAUAUGCUACAUGGAAUCAAAUAGGAAUAACAGUUGCUGGUAAUAGCAAUGGAACAAAUGGUUCUGAUUUGGGAUCGCUUGCUACUCCUGUAAGCAUAUUCAUUGAUAAUAAUUACACACUGUACGUGUGUGAUCGAGACAAUAAUCGAAUUGUCAAAUACUAUGUUAAUGCGACCGUUGGCAUCCUUGUUGCUGGUAAUCGAACGAAAGGUAAGGAUUUAAGUGAAUUAUGGUCGCCCAAAGGUGUCGCCGUUGAUCAAUAUGGCGACGUGAUUGUCGCUGAUAGUAGUAAUUAUCGUAUUCAGAAGUUUCCUCCUGGUUCAACCGUUGGCACAACAGUUGCUAUUAACAGUUCCGCCAUUUCAAUCGGUGUAAUGAGAGAUUUGCAUAUCAAUGUAAAUAAUGUUAUCGUUAUAACUGAUUCAACUUACAGUCGUAUAGUCAAGUUUAACGCUUCAGGUGGAGUCGGUGCAAUUAUAGCAGGCACAAAUGGAGUUGGAUCGGGACCAGAUCAGUUCUCAGCUCCUUUCGGAAAUUUCAUUGAUGAGAAUGAAACAUUGUAUGUAGCUGAUAGUGGAAACCAGCGUAUCCAAAUGUGGCCGGAUGGAGCAAACAGUGGAAUCACUGUAGCUGGCAUCAGUAACUCAUCCGGAUCUAGUGUAGGACAAUUGAGUAGUCCCAACGCGAUAGUCGUCGAUAAUAACGGGUACGUGUAUAUUGCUGAUGCAGGAAACGACAGAAUUAUGAGAUGGACAACAAAUUAUACGGCAGGUGGCAUCUGUAUUGUUGGUUGUACUGGCACAGGGGGCGUUGCGGCAAACCAAUUACAAAGUCCACGGGAUCUGAAAUUUGAUGCAAGCGGAAAUUUAUAUGUUAGUGAUCAAGGAAACAAUCGAGUGCAAAAGUUUUUGAUCCAACUAACGAAUGGCACAGCUGGUAUAAUAAUAAUUUCUUUCUUAAUUUACUAA